AUGUUGUCAGACUUAUUGACGAGUCAGUAUCUGCAAUACAAAACAGAUACUGAAAUUGUAGCCACAUGGCUGGCGAGUACUGCAAAGCGGUGUGGACUCGACGUGAGCGAGGGAGACAAUAAUCAAGGGACUGGGAAAAGGGCAACAGGUCGCCUCAAAGGGAAAGCCAGAAAGACUGCUAAGGCUCCACCAAAGCCCAUCCCAGCCAAUGAGAACAGCAAAAUUCUGAAGAAGUCAAAGUACACCAUCACCGUCAAGCAAUUCACGAGCUUUGCGGAACAUAUCGCCGGGUACGACAACCCCCCUGUUGGGCCUGUGGAGGUCUCCCGAGGCUUCAGUCUAGCCCUCGACCGUGCUAUUUCUGCACGCCGCGAAUUCAGAAAACAUGGAAUUGAGGAGGAGGAUGAGGCUUCCCAGGAGAGCCAUGGAUUCUUCGUGGACGUCCUUGAGCGGGUCCGUGAAACCCUGCGCCCACUGAUUCCCAAGAGGCAAGCGGAUACUCCAGCAGUCGAAAAGGAUGAAAAGUCACUGGCCAAUAGGUUCGAGCAUCUUGAAUUGGAAGAACAAUCGGAAGCCUUCCUCAAUGCGCCUGAUGCUCCUAAGCCAGCGGCACCAGAGAAAUUCACAGAUCCUUCAGCUCCCGAUGUCAAAGCGGAAGCGGACCUCGAAGCUGAGGUUGAUCUUGACCGCCGGGAGACCAUUUUCAUGUUCCACCUCUUGGUCCAGGAUGCAAACGCCUUCAUGGAUAUUAUCGAAGAAACAUGGAGGGGAUACAAAGUUGGACGUGUGGACCUUGUAUCGGCUUCUAUGACUACUAACACCGCUAUCGAUCUCCUCCGACGCAUGGAAGAGGAAAUGAAGCCUUCCCUUGAUAAAUUUGGCGGUGGGGAAAAACUCAUUGAGGCGUAUUACUUUGCCCGAUGUCGUCACUUUGGGGAAGAUCCCGACUACAGAGAAAGGCCCAGUGAUGGCUUUAACUUCAAAGUUUAUGAUCAAACGCAAGACAUUUUCAUCUCAGCCUGGCAGCUUCUCCGAUCUUUCACGGCAAUAUGCGACCCGCACAACUCUCCAUUUUAUAAACCGGGCUUUUAUGGAACCUACGACCCUGAAAGCGACCGCAAAUCAAAGCCAGCAAGGGAGAGGUUUGCUGAAGAUAUGCAAAUCUUAAUGGAGGCAUUUCCCGAAUUUUACCUCCUUGGAUUCUGUGCUCAGGGGAACCUUGCCGAAGAUGAGUUGUCGCGUGGUCUAAAGGCGGCUUUCACUACUAAAGAACACCCAUUCUGGCUGGUGUUUGCCGUCCAAGUCUUCUUAGACAUACACCAUGUCCUACGUGAUCAGGUUUCUCGAGCAUUCACCGAGCUACAGCGAAGCGCAAUGACUAUGGUCAAUUCUAUUGGGUCGACUCUUAAGAUGCACGAAAAGCUCCGCAUCGAGAACUGGCCUCUGGAAAAUGAUAUGGCAUUGCGACAUCUCCAAGCGGAGAUGAAUUAUUGGUGCGCAACAGAUCCAUUGCAGAUCGAAAAGGCACGCCUAGGUCGACCUACUGGGGAGGCAUUCCGUCUUUUCAAAUGGCAUCCUCUUUUCUGCGGCCUGUUACUCUACCGCUUCAAAAUGGUGUAUCAAGAGGCAGGGAUUACUUUUGCUGGGGCCUGGGGUUCCGUGUUGUACUCGCUUCAUCUGUAUAACGCUCUAAGACAGGAGAAAUUGUUGACAGCGCGAUGGGCUGAUCUGGACAUGUUACAAGCGAUACACCCGGAAAGCUGGAUUGGUGGGCCUCCACGAACCCCAGAUGAUUACAUCAAACGGUUUUCCCUCAGUAUGGGAUACUCAGCGGCAAACUUUGCCAAGAACCGUCGAGAUCAACGUCCUCAGGCCUCGAAGAAUGGACCCAAAAGCCUGACAGAACAGGGAUCUGUUGCCUUGAUGUUCAAGGAACGCUUUUGUCAUGGCUCCAAACAAACUGACAUGACACGUGCAGAUCUACAGACUAUUGUGGAGAAAGCCCAGUGGGGAGCAGAUACUGAUGGGGAUAGACCCUAUGACAUGAUGAAAGACGUUCCCGGGGACAUUGUUAGGAAUCCCACACAAAGGGGUCCGAUCCAUGAAUCCCAUGAAUCUAUGUCCGCGGAAACAUUGCUUCGCAAACUCCGGCUCGCCUUACAAGGCGAGGGGCCAGAAAUCACGUUCGACUAUUUCGUGACCCACCGGACCUGUUGGCUGCUUCUGACUAAGAUCAAAAUGGCUUGUGCAGACCAGCUUCGCGUACUCUUCGGGACAGGCUGCAUUGAGAAGGAGAAUCAAUUGCCCUGGAUGAUUGGCUAUAUUUUCCUUGCGGCAAGUGGUGUGGACCGUGCGGCAAAUCUGGCUCCUAAGAAGCAGCCUGGCAAGGUGACAUCCCAGCUAAUGUUCACCGCUGCUAACGUUCUUGAUUCCAUGUUGGCUUCUGGAAUGGGGGCUCUGACGUGUAGAAUUUUGCGUGAGCGCCAUGAUAUUCACAUCAGCGAGGACUCUGAUUCAGAAUGA